CACUCACAACCUUGUCAAUCGCCAUCGCUCAGUACACGUACACAUUCUUAUCAUUCGCACAUUGACACGUCGUUAGCUUAGUUGUCGUUGCUGCGCUCACUAUACAUAAGCCGUUGCCAUACACAGUAUCAGUGCAUCGUUGAUUACCAGAUCGCUAGCCAAACACGUACGUAGUACUCGUACGUGCGUGUGCACACGUUCGGAAAGUCUUCGAGCGGCGCGCGGCAGCGGGAAUGGAGGUCGGCGAGGCGGGUGCGCAGCAAGGGCGGGCGCUGGCAGCUGCGGCGCCGGAGCAGUGGCGAGGCGCCGUGGAGGCCGCGCUGCCGGGCACGCCGGCGGGCGCCGCGUGGGCGCACGUCGCCAGCUUCUUCUCCGCUCACCGCUACCUCCCUGGCAUCGACGUGUGCGAGCGCGUCGUCACGGGAGCCGGCUGCGAGGAGGACGACGACGGCCGGCUGCCGAUCGCCCCCGGCUGCGUCCGGCACGUGGCCUCGAGCGCCGCGGGGCUGUGGGCGCGCGAGGAGCUGCUGGAGGCGGACCACGCCGCGCGGCGCCUCCGCUACGCCGUGGUCGACAGCAACAUGGGGUUCGGCCGCUACGUGGCCACGCUCCGCGUCCUGGGCCUCGACGGCGGCGAAGGCGGGUGCAUGAUCUCGUGGGCGUUCGAGUGCGACGCCGUGGAGGGCGAGGGGUGGAGCGAGGCGGCGCUCGUGGCGCGCCUCGGCGCCAGCGUCAAGGGCAUGGCCGAGAGGGUGCAGCAGCUCGCCGCGGUGCCUCAGUAGCUGUCGCCGGCGCCCGACGUGGCCGUCGCCGACGGUGAUUCGUUUUGGAUGAAUGCGUGCACUGGUUUAGUUAGCUGAGGCGCUAGCUUUUGACGUGUGGUGCUUAGAUUCCAUUCCAUUGUCAUGUGCGCAGUGGCCGUCGCUGCUGCCUUUGAGUUCUCAAUUUCUUGGGCACCCUAAUUUCCUUAUCGUUUUUUAAUUAGACGCUAAUUUUCUUUAUCGUUGAUGUGUAAUAGAUGGAGACAUUUGUCCAAUCACAGAGGAAAUAAUAAAAAUGGAGCCUAAA